AUGAAGUCGCCGGGACAUGUGAUAUCAUUGAAAAUUCGCGAUUUUUUUCGUCAAACCGGCGUCCUUGUAUACAGGUCAGUCACAUUUCAUGAAUACCUAAUUUUUUUUCGGAGGGGCGACGUUGUCCUCCAAGUGCAAUGGAAUGUGUGAUGAAAAGAGUGAAAGGGGAAAAUUUUGGAGAUUUGGGGAGGGGUUUUGAAAUUUUUCUUGGUGGGAAAUGCCGGGAAUUUUGGCUGAAAAGUAUCUGAAAAUUAUAUUUUUGAAUCGAAAUUCCGGGAUUUCAAGCUGAAAACCACCUGAUAAUCUCAGUUUUUCUAAUUUAAAUUUAUUUCGGAGCAAAUAAUUUUUUUCUAAAUAAAUUGUAACAUAAAAAUUAUUUUUUUCUAUUCAAUGAAACGUCGAAAGAACAAAAAAUAGAGAAAAUAAUUUUGAUUAGAGACAACGUGAAUUUGAGCGGGUCUAGGCAGAAAACAAUUAUUUUGUCUAGGUCCUCUCAAAUUCACGUUGUCUUUAACCAAAAGAAAAAUAUUGAUUUUUUUAACAUUUUAUUUUUUAAAAAACGUGACCUCAUUUCCAAUUUCCCAUUUCCUCGAAAAUUAUUUUAUUUCUCCUAAAUUUUUAUUCCGAAAUGUUAGUGGGUUUUACCGCAAAAAUUAAAUAUAGUAUUAAAUGUUUUUUUUUCCAGACACCCCGCUCCAUUUUUUCUGGAUCCCUGUCUGCCUAACAAUCUUCUCGAUUUUGGGAUUGCUCAGGUUUCACGAGGAGAAUCGAAUCUGGUAUUUGUAUAGUCCAGCGCAAGCUCAAUCACACUAUGAACAUGCGGUCGCCAAUGAGUUUUUCAAUGAUCGAGGUGGAAAAUUCUGGCUGGAGGUUGGUUCACAGUUUUUUUCAACAAAAAAAAUUCCGUUCAUCAAUAAGCAAGCAAGCAAUUUCAAAGAAUAAAUCAAUCACUACGCUUUUCAACACUAAACCAAAAAAAACAAUUUCGCGGAUGACCAAACGUAUCUUCUUCUUCUUCUCUUUUUUUUGCCUCGCGCGAUUACAUAAAAAUACCUGAUGCCCCGGGUGAAAAAACGUGUUUUUUGUCAUUUUUCUGCUGCGCAACAUGUAUAUGCGUAAUACCCUCGUUUUUUAUUUGAUAACAUGAAAAAUGGAAGGCUUUUUUUUCGCCGGUUUCACUUUCGGUUUUUUUGGUUGGGCCUGGGCUUUUGGAAAGGAUUAGGGAAGAAAAACAUUUGAUAAAAAGUACGUGUGAAAAAAAAGUUUAUCUAAUAAAAAUAGACUACAGUGGAGUAGUAAAGGGAAGAAACUUGUCAGAAAAUAACUGGUUUUUUAAACGAGACUUUGGAUUUGGAACGGGAAGUUUCAAAAGUUUUCAUUUUUCAUAGUAAAUUUGUGAAUAAAUGUUCUUGGCUCCUGUACCUUUAAAACCAGCUGUGGAAUUUUAAAAAUUUACAAUUUAAAAGCUUGAAAUACAUAACAUUUAAUUUUUUUUUUCAACAAAAUUGAAUCCAGGGGUCAAAAAAAAUGCUUUCUACAUUAAUUUCUCAAAGUUCCUUCAAAGUCAUUUUUAUUUUCUCAAAAAUCCUAUAAUCCAAUAAUCCUCAAGGUUAUUACUAUUUCACACCACAAAAACACCAUAAAAAUCAUAUUUUAUUUUUUACAACUUCAAAAUCCUAUAAUUUGCCACUGAUCUUUUGUCGUUUGAAAUCCAAACAUCAUUUCUUCUCAUUUCAUUUCAUUUGAUAUCAUUUCCUUCGAAACCUGCCGAGAAAUGUAAGAAGCUAGACGAACCGCGAAAAAAAACUGGAUAAAUUCCCGAUUUUUGGCUUUGCACUUGCGCAAUCUGCCGUGUAUUUUGAAUUAGAGGAAGAAGACAGGGAGAAAAUCGGAUGAUUUCGAUUUUUUAUAGGGCAAUUAGGAAAUUGAGAGGGAUAUAUAAAUAAAGUAAAUAUGCGAAUUUCACUUUAGCGGUUGAAAUUGGCAGGAGAAAAUAGAGGGAAAGUCAAGUAAGAUUUUUGGCAGGAAAUAGGAACACAAGGGUAAAAAGAGUACGCGUUUUCCUACCGGCAACAGCUUGUAGAUCAAAAAAUGUUGCGUGUUUAGAAAUCACAACUUUUCAGAAAUAUUCUAAAAUGGUGUCUGAAACUCAAAAAUUUUGAUUUUAUAGUAACUUGAUAACAACAAAAUGAUUUUUGAAAACCAAAUUUGUAUGGAAAUCUCGAAAUUUUUUAACUUUUUGUGAGUUUCAGACUUACAAUAUUUUUUGAUCUACUCAUAAAAAGCGUGCGGAAUCUUGCCAUUUAGGCCCAACCCUCCAGCUUUGAGCGAGGGUUGAAUUUUUUCUGCAGCAGCGGUUUUUCAUUGGAAAAGGUUCUCUUUUUACCCUUGUGAGGGAUUUUCAGCUUUGAAUUGGAAAUAUACAUUUUAGGCUGAAAAUUGGAAGAAUCUUGGACAAAAGUUUUCAAUUUUGUGUAUCUAAAACUAGGAAUCAAAAAAUUAGCUUUACAAAAUGCGAUACACUUUGACCCGAGGAAAAUAGGUUUCAAAAAAUGGAUAACAAAAUUUAAAAAAAUUUGAAAAUUUUGAUCCUUUUUUGCUGAUUCUAAGCAUUUUUCCGAAAAUUUCAGCUUUUUCAUAAAUCUGAAAAUUAUUUUCAGAAACUUCACAAGCCGGGCGAAAUUUAAGGUCUUACAACUAAUUUUGAAUGGCCUGUAUUUUGAGCUGAAAAUGCUGAAAUUAAAAGCGUGGAAAAUUUAAAAUUUGAUUAAAAUUUGAAUUGGGCUCAAAACUCUGAAAAUAAGGGCUUAGGCUCAUGAGGCCUGAAAUUUAAGGGUCAAAAUUUUCCACAUAUAAAAUUAACCCAUUUUUUUGCAGGUAACAAUAACCGCUCAAGACAUGGACAAUCUUCUCCGGCGAGAUUAUUUAGACGGCGUCGACUCGCUCUCCGAAUAUCUCCAAUACAACUUCACAGUUCCAUGUGACGGCUAUUUGGGUAAAGAGGAAUGCUCGUUCUCCGAUUUAUGCAGUGGACAAUGUAACGAUAAUCAAGUCAUCCCGCUGUUCAAUUUGAUCUACCGAAAUGCCUCGUCAAGACUUCACCCAAAUUUCCGACUCACUUAUCCAACAAUGCAUUUGUAUAAUGACGAAUAUUAUGUUGGAGAGCAUUUUGCGGGUGUUAAAAUCGAUCCGAAGACAAAUGUGAUUUCUCGAGUCAAAGUUGUUGUGCUCUACUUCAGAACGGAUCGUCAGAAUCCCCAAGUGUCAGGACUCAUUGAUCGAUGGGAGCAAAAUCUGUUCGAUUACGCAGAGCAUUUCGAUCAUCCCACUUUGAAUAUGACAAUCAAUUCGGAUGCGAUGAUUGCGCGAGAGGUUCGAAUCAAUGGAUUCUCGUGUAUCCCGUUUUUCGGAUUCUCGGUGAUUGCGGUGGUGUUGUUCAUUUUUGUGACGAAUAAACGAGAGCAUUUUGUGAUGUCGCAUUCGAUAGUUAUGUCGAUUUUGGGAAUUGCUGGACCGCUUAUGGCUAUUGGAACUACGUGAGUUUUAUUUUUUUUUGAAAAAAUUCCACGCGGCAACAUUUCUUGAAAUUCAUCAAAAAAAAAUACUGUUGAAAAUUCCACGCAGCAAACAUUUUCCAAUUUUCAAUUUUCUGAAAAACCAGUAAAAAAGUCUGAAAAUUUGCCACGUUCAAAAUUUCAUGAAAACUUUGAAAUCUUGUAAAAUCCACCGGCUAGAAUCUAGUUCUUAAAAAAAUCUGAAAAUUUCGCGAAUUAAAAAAAUUGCCACGUCAGUUUUAAUUCCACGUGGCAAUGAAAAAUCUGCCUCGAAGAAAAUCAGGUUUUUUUUCCGAAUUCAAAAAAUUGCCACGUCAGUUUCAAUUCCACGUGGCAACGAAAAAUCUGUUUUGAAGAAAAUCGGAUUUUUUUCCGAAUUCAAAAAAGUUCUAAAUAACAAGUUCCUAGUUCCACGUGGCUAAUAAAAAAAAACCGAAAACCAAAAAUCUGAUAUUCUCAAAGUUCACCAAAAUUUUUUUAAACAUCGGAAAAAUUCAAAACAAGCUUCUAAAUUCGGAAAAUUUUUGAAAAUUUAUGCCACGUCACCAAUUUAGCUUAAAACUCCAAUUUCUAACCAAAACCUUCCGAUUUUCCAGCUGUGGUUUCCUGCUUCUCUUCGGUCUUCCAUUCAACUCAAUCGUUCUCGUCAUGCCUUUCCUAAUCAUUGGAGUUGGUUGUGAUGAUGUGUUCAUAAUAAUCCACGCCAUGCGUAAAACUGACAAAUCACAAAGUCUCGAACAUCAAAUCGCUGAAACAAUGGAAGAAGCGGGACCAUCAAUCACCGUCACAUCGGCCACCAAUAUUCUCAGUUUUGGAAUUGGCAUUUUGACCCCAACCCCCGCAAUCGCUCUUUUCUGCCUCUACACUUGCAUAGCUGUCGCUGUCGAUUUCAUCUAUCAAUUGACAUUUUUUGUUGCGGUCCUGGUUUAUGAGGAAAAACGUUUGGAAGCGAUGCGAGAGAAGAAACCACUUGAACCCGCUGAAAAUACAACGAAACAAGUGGUGCGUUUUUUUAUUUUUUGUGGGGAGGAGGAGGAUUUCCGGGCAAAAUGUUUUUGGUUUGAAAAAAAUUUGGGAGUUAGAGUUUUGUGGUGCAAAAUUUGAAUUUGGUUUGGAAAAAUUCAAAAAUCCACGUGGAAUUUGAGAUAAAUAUAAGAAAAAAAACAGCAAAAAUUUAAAAUAAAUUCAGUUCUGGUGUCAAAUUUUCACGUGUCUUUUGAACUCGAAUUGGCACACAAUUUCCGGUUUUUUAGGCUGAAAAUUUCAGAUGAAUUUUGCAAAACAUAUUUUUCUAAAAAUAGUGUUCCUAAAUUUUGACCUAAAAUUCCUAGAGAUUUUUUAAAUUUAAUUUUGACGCUAAAAAUCUACUUUGAUUUAAAACGAUGAUUUUAAAGAAAUCGAUAAGUUCUAAAAAAAAUGACCUCAAAUUCCUAAGGCUUUUUAACUUCAAUUUUGGCGUCUCAAAAUCCAAGUGGAAUUUCAAAUAAUUUUUGAAAAUCUCUUAAUUUUAAAAUGUUUGCUGAUAGUUUCAAUAUUUCCUUCACAUUAAACUUUGGGGCAAAAUUCACGUGAAUUCUUUAAUGUUGAAAAAUUGGACUUUGAAAGUUUGACCUAAAAAUUCAAGAUUUUUUGAAAUUCAAUUUUGACGCCAGCAGCAAUCCACAUCAAAAUCUUUCCCCAAUUUUUCAACGCCCAAUUUUCCAGCUCUCAAUCCAACAAUCAAUCCGUUCCACCGGCGUCCAUCCACCUCCAGCCAAUCCCAAUGGAAUCGUCGCCAAAUAUUGCCGAUUUUUGAAAGAUUGGCGAACUCGAGUCGUUCUCCUCUUCAUUCUCACAUUAUAUUGGUCAGCCUCAAUUUGGGGAUGUCAAAAAAUGCAAAUCAAAAUGGACACAACCAAUUUGAUCAUGAAGGAUUCACCAUUGAAUGAUGUGGCUUAUAUUUAUGAGACUUAUUUAUGGAGUGAGGGACAAUUGGUAUUGGUUUUUGUGAAUAAUCCGCCAGAUUUGAGUGAGGAACGAAAUCAACAUGAAAUGUUGGAACUUGUGAAUCGAUUCGAGAAUUUGCCAUAUUCAAUGGGCAAAAAUUCGACAUCAAUUUGGCUACGCUCAUUUUUAUACCAGAGUUCACUUUAUCACGAGACUAGGGGAUUCUAUAAAUUGCUUGACGAAUGGCUUCAAGAUUCGGAAAAUGGUGGAGCAAGAUGGAAUGAUAUGUUGAGAUUAGAGAAGAGUUCGAAUGGCACAACUUUGGGAAUUGAUAAAUUCAUGUUUGCGACUGCUUGUGCUAUGGGAGAAGAUGCGAAUUGGUCGACGCGGGAGAAAUUGCAAAAACAGUGGAGAGCGGUGGCUAAUGAAUAUUCGCAUUUUAAUGUUUCGGUUUUCCAGGUGGGUUUUGGGAAGAUAUUUGAAGAGUGGAUUUUUUGUGGGAAAAAAUCUCUAUCAAUAACAAAUGUCCUGACUGAAUCCUAUUUUCAUAUAUAAAAUUUUUUAAACCUAAUUUUUGAAACGUAAGAAUUUAUGGUUUUUCAGAGCUACUCUUUCUAUGUCGAUCAACUUGAUUCAAUUGGCUCAACAACAAUGUCAACAGUCGUAGUUGCUGCAAUCACGAUGGACCUCGCGUGCCUUUUCAUGAUCCCAGGUCUCGCCUCAAUUCUAUCCAGCUCAAUUGCAAUGUUUUCGAUUAAUCUUGGAGUGUUCGGGCUUUUGUCAGUUUGGGAUGUGAAUUUGGAUCCGAUCACAAUGUGCACAACACUGAUGAGUAUUGGAUUUUCGGUUGAUUUCACCGCGCAUAUCAGUUAUCAUUAUUAUCGAAAUCCGAGAAGUUGGACGACUGAUGAGAGAUUGGCGGAUGCGUUGAAGUGGGUUUUUAAAAUCAACAUUUUAUUUUGAAAAUAUGUAGAAAAAGUCCAGAAAAAUUCACAUUGCUCAUUUUUAUCUCAAAAAUUUACAAAAAAAUCAAUCACGAUUUGAAGCUGAGAAAUCAAAAGUUAGAAAAAUCAUAGCGUUGCUCAUAUCAGAGAUUUUUCAAAUUUCGAAAAAAAGCUCUAAUAUGAGGAAUGUUUUUAUCUCAAAAUUUUCUUGCAAAAACAUUUUUCCUUAAUUUCAGGUUGAAUCUAGGACUCUGAAAAUCUAUCAGAAAAAGUUUUCCGAAAAAAAAAUUAAAAGUUUGAGUUUGCGUAUCAGCUUCUUGAUUUCAUAUUCAGAAUUUCCACUAAAAGUUCCAAAUUUCGCCUAACUCCAACUCAAAUUUUUCCAGAGGAAUUGGUUGGCCAAUGAUCCAAGCUGCCUCCUCAACUCUUCUUUGCAUUGCCCCGCUUCUCCUCAAUGACAGUUAUAUGGUCAGCGUUUUCGUCAAAACAAUCUUCCUCGUCACAAUUCUCGGAAUUCUUCAUGGCAUCAUUUUCCUGCCCGCUUUACUCCUAACCGUCGGAAAUUCUGAGGAAAUCGAGGAGAAACCGAAAUCCGUGGAGCAGGGAAGCUUUUCCAGCGCUAAACAAUUGGUGACUGAACCGAAUUCUGAAACCGAACUGAGAGCCAUCACUGAAAUUCAAAUUCAAGUCAAAGAUCGGAAAAGCGGAUAA